CUCGUGACGUAGGUUGUAAACACGGAAGUGGAUUGUGAACGUGCUGUGACUAACACAUUCUAGCUAGCUGCACUUCGUUUGCCGCUUCCGUGAUACAUAUGAGCGGUGCAGUGAGUAAACCUGGCUCGUGAACACAGCAUCUCUUAAUAAUAUUAACUUACCAAUGGUGACGAGGUAGGAGCAUGCGCAGGCUGUUAGCAGUGAAGCUAACAUGUCUACGAGUUAUCCCACACCAGUUUACAGCCAUGCUGCACGAGGAGACUUCCGGGAUGUUUACGAUCCGGCGGAGGACUCUUUCCUCCUGAUUGACGCCCUGGAGAAGGACGCAGAGAGGCUGCACCUGAUGAGCCCGUGUGUGUGUGUGGAGGUGGGCAGCGGCUCGGGAGUGGUGUCAGCUUUUCUGGCGUCAGUAGUCGGACCUUCAGCUCUAUAUCUUUGCACUGAUGUGAAUCCUGCAGCAGCACAGUGCACCGCGAAGACCGCGUCCUGCAACAACAUCUCCCUGCAGCCUGUCCUCACAUCCCUGGUGGACAGUCUUCUUCCCCGCUUAAGUGGGAAGGUGGAUGUCCUCCUCUUCAACCCUCCAUAUGUGGUGACCCCUUCAGAGGAGGUUGGUGGCACAGGUAUAGAGGCUUCCUGGGCCGGGGGGGAACGAGGACGGGAGGUGACCGACAGAUUCCUGCCCGUGGUGGCACAGCUGCUCUCCAGUGAAGGGUUAUUCUACCUCAUCACUAUUGCUGAGAACGACCCAGAGGAGAUCAUCCGUUUGCUGGACAAAUGUGGUUUGAAGGGAGAGGCAUGCUUGUCUACAAGAGCUGGAAAUGAGAGGCUAUCUGUGCUGCGCUUCCAGAAGAGCUAGACCUGUCACGAAUAUAUCGGAAGAUUACAGGAACUGCAACACAGUAUGGCCUGCAAGGACAGAUCUUUAAAAGAUUCAUGGGCUGAGGGGGAAAGACUAAGGUGCCUCAGAUGCAAAAGGGAAAUUAAACAAUUGUUUCACAAA